CCUUUGCAACGACACACUCACCACCUCCUGCUCGACAGCAAUAAAGCAGCGACAGUAUCAGCAAAACGUAUCGCACGCGUCUUGGCCGACAGCAGCAGGAGCGCGCGCCGAGCAGCAGCUGAAACGGCAGUCAAGCAUCACUUCACAGACUUGGCCGCGCCCCACCAUCGCAAGCAAGCCCGCAGCCAGCAGACGACCCUUUGGGCACCACACAGCAUCCUGGCCGCCGAGUGACUGCCUCGCUGCCUCAACGUCGACCUCAUCCAUCAUCAUCACCCGCCGCCGCACACGCAGUGCACUGCCGCCCAAAAAUCACUCCACCUGCGCAACCUAAUCGCCGACCUGCAUCCCCACCGACACCACUUCCUCACUCGCCCGUCCUUCCUCACCCAUUGCUCGACGCCUUUUCUUUCCACUCCACUCUCCUGCUUGCACACACCUACCCAUCGACCCCACCGCCGACGAGGUGCCAUCGUCGACCGCCGACGCCAUGAGCACCUACGACGACGACUACUAUGAGCCGCGCCGCUACCGCAAUGUCCGCACCCGCCCACGUGACAGAGACGAGCCAGACUACGUUCGCGAAGAGACGUACAUCGAGCGAGGCAAGGGCCCUGGUCCUCGAGGCACUGAAAUGGUCUACCGCGGCCGCGACGACAGCAUUGAGGACAUCCCGCGCGAUUUUCCACCAGCCAGCCGUUACGAUGAUGGCUAUGGCCCGCCGCUGCGCGCUAGAAGCGUAGGCGGCAGAGGCAGGCGCUACUCGGACGACUACGACGACGAUCGCUUCACUGAACGUGGUGCUCCAGUUGCUGCUGGCGUUGCUGCUGGCUAUGCCGCCGGACGUCACGAAGAGCGACGUCGCAAGCACCGUGACGAUCGUGGCUACGACUCCGACUACUCUCGCUCUCCACCUCGCAAGCCUGAGCGUCGCAAGUCAGGCCUCGAAGAUGCUCUCGGUGCUGUUGGUCUCGGUGGCUUGGCUGCCAACAUCAUGGGCAACAAAGACAAGGACCGUGAUCGUUCGCCUAGUGGUCGCUCCACCCGCUCUCGCUCGCGAGCUCGGAGCCGUCGAGGCUAUUCCUCGAGCCGGAGCCGCAGCCGCAGCAGAUCUCGUGCUGGAGGAGACAAGUCCCGCACCGAACGCAAAUGGGCUCAAGCAGCACAAGCAGCACUCGUUGCUGGUGCCGUUGAAGCCUUCCGUUCCCGCAGAGAGGCUGGCCCAUGGACCGGCGAGAAAGGCAGGCGUGUUGCAACCGCUGCACUGGGCGCCGGUGGUAUCGACGGUCUGAUCGAUCGUGACCCCGACAAGAAGUCCAAGCGCCACCUUGCUGAAGCCGUCAUUGGCGGCCUGGCUGCUAAUCGACUCGCGAAUGGGCCUCGCUCUAAAUCUCGCGGUCGUGGCGCCGACUCUCGUGACGUUUCUCCAGAGGCUCCGCGAGGCAUCCGAGCUCGAAGCCGCAGCAUCGUGGAUCGCCUUCGUGGUCGCUCUCAAUCACGCGGCCGUGCUCCGAGCGAGGACGGCAACGGCGUUGGCCUUGGGAAGAAACUUCUCGGAGCCGGCGCAGUGGCUGGCGCGGGCAAAUACAUCUACGACCAGGUUCGCUCCAAAUCCCGUAAGAGACGCUCGCCUUCUCGCGACUCUAGCGCAGACUCGUAUGUGCCCUCCCGCCAUCGUGCCCGUGACCAGCGCCGCUCACAAGGUUCAGAUACCGGCAGUACUCGCCGGACAGACGAUCGCGACGAUCAGGGCGGUCGCGAAGUCGCUCGCGGUACUAGAAGCGGUGCGCUCGCCCCCGCCGCUGCAGGAGGCGCCGCCGGAGCCAUGGCGAAGUCGAACGGCGAUGCCAAGAAUGACGGGGGCAACGACUCCAGUGAUAGUAGUUCUACCACUGACAUGGAAAAGACCCGUAAGCACAUGCGCGGUAAAGAGCUCAUCACGGCUGGUCUCGCUACUGUCGCGACUAUUCAUGCAGCACACGGAGUGUAUUCGAGUAUGGAAGCACAUGAGAAGAGACAUCGUCUUGUCGCCGAAGGAGAAAUGAGUCCGGAGGAGGCUCGCAAGAAACAAACGAAAGCAUGGAUCCAAGACGCCGCAGCGGUCGGUAUUGCCGCCCUCGGGAUCAAGGGUGCCUUUUCGGAGUGGAAGGAGAUGAAUGAACAGAGACGUGAAAUCCAAGAGAUCGAGAAGCGCAAAGGUGCUCGUCGCAAGAAGCGUGCUGCCCGACAAAAGCAGGAGGAGAUGGAGAGGCAUGAGCGCAUGAUGAACAUUCUGGAGAAGAAUCCACAGCUGGCGAUUGGCCACCAGAUGCAGCAGAACGGCUAUUUCCCGAACACCAUGGGAGGUGCUGCACCGACUCCAGACCAGAGCGGAAAUCCCUACGCUUCUGCUCAGAGGUACUAGGCACGCCGUCCUUCUCCUUCUCGACACGAACCCGACUACGGACACCUAUCACGGGUAGCACGGCUCCGACGACCCUCCUGGUCUCACUCGUCAACAACAAAUUGACGCAGUGCGAGAGUUGCCGGAGCCUGUCUUUCUUCUUUCAACCAGCGAACUCCUUUCCCAGAAUGACGAUUUCAUGAUAAUGCGGCAACGACACGAUGCAUUGUGCUCCGAGGAUGGCUAUGAGCUGCAUGAUACCAACGGCAGGGCAGACGCAGCAGAUGAAUAUGCGCUAUGAAGUGACGAUGAUCAUGCUGCAGUAACAGGAUAGGACUGAGCACAGAACCUGAAUUGCAACACUCGGUUGUGAUUAAUAUGUUGCUGCUCCACUUUUAUCAAUUUCCUUUCAUGUUUCACGUUCUUGUCGCUCAUGAGCUUCGUUCGUGCCACAAGCUACCUUCGUGCCCAGCGCGCCUCUCCCCAGAACCCUUCAUGGCGCUUGGUUUGAGCAUGCCUCAGUAAUGCUGAGAAUGUCCCGGCAGGCUGGCGACGAGUUAUCCUGUUGUCAAACUCCUAUUCUGAUAACUCGGAUUUCUGUUUGAGUUGUCCGCGAUGAUAUUUUGUGACCAGCGGCCGCCGCGGUGCGACAAUUCGAGAAGAGACACUCAGAUUACAGAGUGCAGACGUCUCAAUGUUGCCAACUUUGGCAAAGCCAUGAAUAUGAUGAUAGAUACAUCGAGUUGAGAUGACCGCUCAACAGCUUUCAGUGCUUCUCACUCAUCGUGGGCAGCGUUCCUUUGCUCGACUUCGCUUGUGACUGCUGUGCACGUCUUGUUGUCGUUGUUGUCGUAGCUGCUGUGGAGCCAGAUCCCCGGUACGUAGUCUGUGUCGGCGGGAUCGCGAUCUGACCAGAUGCGGGGAGGAAACUCCAGAGGGUUGCGAUUUUGUCCAUUUUUUCUCUUCUUAUUUGAGCGAAAGGCGGGUAUGGACUUGUGAGAAAUACCUACGGAUCACUUGUUAUAUAGUUGCA